GGCCGCACCGCCUCGGAGCCUGUCAUUCUCCGCGGCGCGGCGCCGAGUGCCGACUGCGGCGCCUGCCUCCCCGGCCGCCUGCCCGCCGGCGCGCCCGCGAUGUGACCGACCGCCUGGGAGCGGGCUGGCAGCUCUCCCCGCCGCAGCGCCUCGGCUUUUCCCUGGCCGCCUUCCUCGUGGAGCCGCGGUUCCCGCGGAGCCGGAGACACGCACCAGGGGCUCGAGGCGCCGCACUCCGGGGCGGGCGGCAGCUGCCGCGCUCGGGACCGCGCGGCCGGGUGCAGCUACUGUCGCCGCCGCCGCCGCCGCCGGGCGGUGCGCCCUGGCGAGUGCCGGGCACCGCGGGCACCGCAGAGCCAGGGCGGCUGGUGCAGAGCGGCAGCGCCUCGCCCCGCACCCGCCGCCGCCCGGGCAGUACGGGGCCAGCGGGGCUGUGCGCCCCCGGAGCGCGGUCCCCCCAAAAAGCUCCCUGUCGCCUGCGUGCCAAAAACACGAGGUCAUUCUCUUAUUUCGACAGUUGAGUGCAGCUUCAGAGCUGGGAGAGAGUGAUUGCAAGGCCAGGAAGGAAGAGAGAACAUUCACCACCACAAAGGGAAUACGCUGCCAGCAGUUUGAAUACUUAUUUGGACAGACAUUGCUCCAAGGAGGACGCAGCCCUCUGCCCCCAUGUCGCCACCUUGGAAGGACUGACCGACUCCAGCAGCCUGUGCCACUUCGCACUCCCACCAUGGGGCCCGAGGGGAGCUUGCUGAAUGAGGGACAAACGCAGAUCAUCGUGUGCGGGAGCCUGGCAGCGGUGGCCACCUUCUUCUUCAUCACCUUCCUCAUCUUCCUGUGCUCCAGUUGUAACAGAGAAAAGAAGCCCAGACAACACAGCGGGGACCAUGAGAACCUGAUGAAUGUGCCUUCCGACAAGGAGAUGUUCAGCCGUUCAAUCACCAGCCUGGCCACAGACGUGCCUGCCAGCAGCGAACAGAAUGGGGCACUCACCAACGGCGACAUUCUUUCAGAAGACAGCACGAUGACCUGCAUGCAGCAUUAUGAGGAAGUCCAGACCUCGGCUUCGGAUCUGCUGGACUCCCAGGACAGCACAGGGAAGCCGAAAUGUCAUCAGAGCCGGGAGUUGCCCAGAAUUCCUCCUGAGAGUGAAGUGGACGCGACGCUCAAUGGGAGAAGCGCAGACGGGGACCAGGGUCUGGGGAUGGAGGGGCCGUAUGAAGUGCUCAAGGAUAGUUCCUCCCAGGAAAACAUGGUGGAGGACUGCUUAUAUGAAACCGUGAAAGAAAUCAAGGAGGUGACGUCAGCUGCCCACCCGGCUCAAGGCCACAACAGCAAGUCGAAGUCGACUUCCGCUGUGAAAGAGCUUCCGGGGCCCCAGGCCGAUGGCAAGACAGACUUCGUGGAAUAUGCCUCUGUGGACAGAAACAAAAAGUGUCGACAGAGUGCUAAUGCAGAGAGUAUUCUUGGAAAUUCACGCGAUCCAGAAGAGGAGGCCCCACCCCCUGUCCCCGUUAAACUUCUGGAUGAAAAUGAAAACCUUCGGGAGAAGGCAGAGCGUAAAGCAGAAGACGGAGCCGCCGCCGAGGGGACCAGUGAAACCAACAAGAGACUUAGUUCGAUGUCAUACAAGUCCCGGGAAGAAGACCCAACUCUCACAGAAGAAGAGAUCUCGGCCAUGUAUUCAUCAGUACAUAAAAAAGGACAAGCAGGGAACAAAUCAGGACAGUCACUGAAACCACCGGAGUCCACCUCCACCUCCACCCAAGGAGCCGCACCGAGGUCACCCUCCUCCUGUAACGAUCUCUAUGCUACUGUUAAAGACCUUGAGAAAGCUCCCGACAGCAUCAGCACACUUCCAGCAGCAGGGAGGCCCAGCGAGGAGCCUGAGCCAGAUUAUGAAGCAAUACAGGCUCUAAACAGAGAGGAAGAGAAGGCUGCCCCGGAAACCAACAGUCACCACGGCCUUUUCCCCAAGGAGAACGACUACGAGAGCAUCGGGGACUUGCAGCAGUGCCGAGACAUCACCAGGCUCUAGCAGCCCGGAAGACGACCCAGCUAGCAUAGGACCAGCCGGCGGGGCCCGUGCUGCUGCAGAAGACAAGAAGCGAUGUCCACCACACUUCACAUGCUGCUUUAGGAAAUGGAAGACGAUGGGAGAUGCCGGUACGGCUUCUCGGUCUGGGGAAUAGUGACGUAUGCACCCUGCUGCCGGGGCAUUGGCCCACCCAAGCACACCUCCCUCGUGCACCCGCACCCUCUGGAAGGAUCCCAGCUGUCAGGGGUCUCCCCCUCUUCAUGAAGAAAGCCACGUGCUAAGGAAGAACAGCGCUCAUCACAAACCACAGCCCACCUGCCUGAAACACUGCCAUUCACAGAAGCCCGGUUUCUCUCCCACUCUCCCCUUUUUGCUGCCUGUUACUAAUGGUAAAAUGAAUGGCUUUUUCCCCCUUGAAAGCUUCCAGUGUAUAAUCGUUCCGAGGAUAUUCUUCUACCAGCCUGGCCUUUGCCUUCAACGUGGCUGUUUUCCGAUGGUAAGAAAUUGUGGUUGCUGCUUCCAGACCAUCCCCCAGCCGCCUUGGAAGAGCGGCACCUGGGAUUCCAAGCCCGGCCAGUGACUAGGAUUGGGGACGCCCCUGGAGCGUCUUAGCUCUUCAUUCCUUCUGAUUUGGGCACUUCAUGUCAGCAACGUCUUCCAAAGUACUUGACGUUGUUGUUAGAUGCUUUAUUUUAUUUUUAUAGUCAAAAUGGGUUUCUUUCCCCCAGUGUUUGAAACUCUUCAGAGCCUUUGCAGUAUUUUCAAUGAAUGUCAUGGUACUUCUACACUUGUUUUAGCCCAGAGCUCAUUCCUCCAAAACAGAGAGCCUUAAUCUCUAAGUUGGGACAGACCACAUAUUUGGACGGUAGCCGCGGCAUCCACCUCCCAAGGGCUGUGGGCGUGAAUGUGUAUUUCUGAUGGUCUCCACUGCCACACCAGCCGUGUGGGAUUUCAUAAAUGAACUGCUCCCCGAAGGUAAUCUAUCUGAGAUUGAAAUAUAAACAUUUAUUUUUGUUAUAUAAAUUUAUAAGGUAUUUUAUGUUUAACGCCUAAUUUCUAGAAAGUGCCAGACAAAAUGUAUAUUAACUAUUUUGAUUUGAUGUACAGUGAUUUGUAUUCUCAUUUGGAAAAGACACCAUAAAGCACAUAAGCUAGAUAAUCACAAGCAGUUGCUAUCUUUUUUCUAACCAAGUGUUGAAAACAUUGAAGGUUUUUAAAGACUCGACUUUCCAAAUGGUACUUGGAGCUCCUGAUCAAAAUCAUCUGGCUCACUGGAGAAAUAAGUGGACUAAACAUAAGUGAUCAUUUUCAGUGGUUUGUGGUGGAAAGUACUGAAAUAUUUGAAAUGGUAAAAAUGGAAAGAGGAACUAGAUAUGACUAGGGAUGACUGUGAACGAUUAACCUCAAGAAGGUAUUAUAAUUCCAUUAAGUUUUAGCUACUUUUUUUGAGAAAAAGGUGAUGAAUUCUGCAGCCUGGUGCUUGCAAAUGUAAAUUGCCUAUUGGGACUUUUUUUUCCCUUCAUUUUACAAAAAUCGGUGGCUGAAAUAACUCAGAUUGAGAGCUCAGCGCAGUUUGAAUUUAAUCAUCUCUUUAGAUUUAAUAAGGGCAACAUUGGGAAACUUGUUCACUUUUCAUUUGAAAAGGAACCUGGUUGAAGUGCUAUUAUGCAGUGUGGGCUGCAGAAAAGGAGCUUUUCCUACGCUGCUAAAGAAAAAUAAAAAGACGCAAUUAUUCUAUACUGCUGUGAUAUCUGUGACUUUUCAGAUUGAAUAAUCUUACUGUUUUCACUCAUUAUGACAAAGAAUGCAAUUGGAAGGAUGAAGCAUCUUGAAAAUUGUAGGGACCAGCUCCUGGGCAUGUGUUUUCCAUUCCUUGCAUUCAUGGCUUGAUUUUGUGACUGCUCUGUAAUACGUUUCUGAAAUUGUAAAGUAGCUCGGUUGGGGUAAAUUGGUUGGUUGUCAUUUUUUUUCAGUCACCCUGGUCUCUCCCAUGAAGACUUCGUGUACAUAAGCACAGUCAUCACUGAUCAAAAGAUCAUGGCAGAAUAACCUUAGAAUAGGAAGUUUAUCAGGAAGGUGCAAGGCCCCAUGCUCUCUGAAUUCACAUCCUUUAUAAGCACUGGUUUGGCCCAGUGAUUCUCAUUGCUUAGUAUGAAUAAGUUUGACCCAACAAUCUCAACAUCAUGGGGUUGCUUUGGUACCGGGUGACAGCUGUGUCACUCUGCACACCUAGCAUUGUGCAUGCUGCAGUCAUAUCAUAUCCUUUAUGAGCCCCUGGCAGCUCAAAAGUUGUAUUUCAUGAUGUCUUCCUUAUUGCCAGGGAAGUGGGUAUGAUCUCUGAAGAGUGAAACCAUUUCUAGAGUAGAGAAGUUCUUUAUAAAUAGUCAUAUCAUCUUGAAAUUUCAUUAUCAGAAUUCCACCAGACUUUUCAAAAUAAAGGCUAUGCCUGUGGCCGUAAAGUAUGCAGUGAAAUCUCUCUCUUGAUUUGAAAACCUGUGCUAAGAAUAAGUGGUGAUGUAAAGUGUUAAAAGGGACUCCAAGGCCCUCCAGAACAGAUCCUAAAAGAGUGAGUGAUAGCACAGUCCAUGAGGGGGAGGGGAGGGAGAAGCAGAGUAAACCUGAGGAGAUGGCUCUGCUCUUCACCAUUGCCUUACUGAAGUAUCGCUAUGGAUGUAGCUUCACUGUUUAGACUCUAUCGUACAGUACGUCAUAAAUUCCAUCACUUUUUACUUUACUUGUUGAAACUUUGUGCUAGAAUCUUUGAGUUGGAAGCCUAUGGCUUCUUUUUAAAAAAAAGUUCAUCUUGAGUUAAAUGCUACAUAGUUUAAAUGUAUGAAAGGAUAUUAUCCAAAAAAAAAGAGUUUACUAUAUCUUCAAAUGUAAUUUGGGCACCCACAUUAUGUAUGCAUUCAACUAUAAUAACCUAGGUAUUGGAAAUUAUACAAAAAGGUAAAAACAAGUUUUUAGGAAAUUUUUUUUCUUAUAAAUCAGAAUUAUAAACCUAUCUUGCCUAAAAGUAGGAUCUUUUGUUUUUAUUCAGAAUUUUGAAGGUUUUAAAGAAUUUGUUAUGCUGCUUUUACUAUUUCUCAGAUAUUGUCAGCAGGGAAGUGUAACCUGUUUUAUGUGAAAUGUUUGAGGAAAUUUUGAAUUCUAGAAGAAAGUAAUUUUUACAAAUAUGUUUGCCAGAAAAAUUUUUUCUUUCCUGCCCUGCACUAAAUUAUGUCAUUAUGGCUGUUAAAGCUUCUAAAGGUACCACUCUCCUUUGUGGGAAAAAGGCUAAUUACUGAUUUAUCUGCCCUUAAAAUCCAAGAGUUAAUUCUAAUGCAGUGCUAAAUUAACAAUAAGUAGUCAACACAAAGAACUGAAAUUUAACCUCAGCAUGUCACUAGAUCUAUUUCUGCUAUUUGAUUUUCAUUUUUCAAAUUAGAGCAUUCACUUACUUUUACCAAUAACAAAAUAUAUAUAUGUUGUAUAUAUAUAUGACAUUGUAUGUAUAUAUGAUACACACACGUACAUAUAUACACAUGUAUAUAUAUAAAGUCGCUCUGGUGCUUCAUUAAUUAGGAUACAUCCUAUUAUGUAUUUGAAUGUUUAUCCUACUGGUGUGAUGACUAUUGUCAUAAAAACAGAAUAGAAGAAACAGUUCUCCAAUCAUUUUCAUUUGGUAAUUACAGGAAAACCUUCUUAAGUUGCCCUCAUUGAAUUUUUCCAGUUAGUGAGCCCAAAUUUUCAUUUAUGUCCAUCAUUCUCUUAGCUGAAAAACAGUGGUAUGUUUAAAUAGUUUUAGACUCCCUACAUAUUCAACCUGACAGAAGGAAAUGAAAAUAGAUGUCCUCCUCAGACGGGCGUUUGAGGAGAGAUUUGGCCAAAGGCAACAAGAGCCACGUGAGCCAGGGUGGCGUCACGGCACGGUGACCCUCCCACCAGCUGGCAGAAGCAGGGGCCCUUUAUCACGUGAGGGCAUUUUAUUUCACUGUCUUCAAAAACCAUGAGAUUUUAGCACAGAAUCAGCAGGCAGUGGUAGAGAACGGUGUGCAGAAGAGCUGCUCUGAGAUGGUGAUAGAACGUGGCUAGAAUCCCAGAGCCUCAGUUCAAGACUGACUUAGGAUUUUGUAAAUGAGUGAAUGCACCUUGUGAUAGUUGGCUAUGAGUCCGUGUGGUCUCGUGAUGCCAUUCUUCUGAAAGUGUUGGUUUCUGGUACCCGGCCAGCUUAGCUUUGGCUCCUGGAAGCACAGUAGGUACUGAUGGUUAUUUCCUGGAAAUCUUGACAGGCUUAUUGUACUGUGUAACUGGGAAAAGUUAAAGUAUAAUGUUUGGUGUUAAUAAGUGACUGAUGUGAAAAUAGGAACAUGUGUCUAUAAUAUCAAAUAUGGCUUUAUUUACAGUGAAGUCUAAAUUUCUCGUCCUGUAGUAGUAUUUUCUUGCUCUGUGUUGUACCUUUUCUUAAAUACAUUAUUCCUACAGUAUCAUUAGAUGAGUUGUAUACACUUAGAAAGUAUUAGACUUGAAGAGAUCAAUCCAGAAACUGUGUUAAAUUAGAGUCUUCAGCAGGAAUUACCAAAGUAAAUUAAAUAAAAUCAUGGUCCAGAAGAGAACAAACAUUCAUAAAUGUGUUUUUUCCCCUACUGCUCAUUUUAAAGUUGUAUUUACAUCCAGUCUCUGAUGUUUAUAAAAUAUUUCAUUGUUUUUCCAGGUUCUUCUUUUGUUUUACUGGGAAAUAAUAGUUCGGGUUUUUCUUAAUGCCAGAUGAAAUGAGAAAUACAAUUUUUUCUUUAAAAAGGCAAUUUUCUAAAAAGCAUUCACUUUGGUAAUCAUGUAUCUUAAUGCAGUUAGAUUCGACUUUUCCUUGCUUGCCACUUAUAUACUAUGGGUGUUUUUGAAAAAAUGUAUUGUGCUCUGACUGUCUGAGAUCACCUAGCAUAAUGGAUUAUAAAGGUUGGUAAUUGUCAUUCCUCAGACUUCUAUAUGUUCAAUUGGCAACAGUAAACUGUUUCAGUGUUGUUACCUUUUAAAUAUUGCAUCGUAUUAACAUGCGUCAUGUUUUCAGGGGAAGUUUGAAAUAUAACUAAACAAAUAGGAAUUUGCAUUUCACUGUGCAUGCAUUUUUUUUCCUCAUAAAAAUAGUUUCCCAGAAAAGUGCCAUUAUCUGUUAGGUGGCCCCAAUCAAUUUCAAAGUACUCCCCCUGCUCAAAAGUAAUUCAUGACAGUCAGUGUCAUUGUGCCCCAUUGUCUCCAAAGGUCUUGGUUAUGGUCAGAUUGUCCAAUCCGCAAAAGAGUGGGAAAUUUGUUUUCAGUACUGGGAAUGUUUAAACCAUCUGUCACUUUGCAUUGUACCCCCAGGAUGUUCCACUCCCUCUUUUCUAAUACCAGUUACAAUCAUCAGUGUCACAGAUGCUGCCUGGAAGCAUGGAACCGUCCCCCACCACUGCAGACGGCUCUGCCCAGCUCAUGUUUUCUGGCGUCACAGGCUGUCUAGAUAAGGCACAGAUCCACCUGGGGAAGCAGAUGCUGGGUGUUAUUUGCCAUGAACUUUGCUAAACUGUAUACACUCUUGCCCACAUCUUUCAUGAGAAUGGUUGGCACUAAGGAGCCAUGGAAAAGAACUUUGUUGAGGACUCAGACUCACAAAUGCAGAAAAAUGAGCCCUGUGCCCUCACUGGGUAAGCUCUCGGGUCCCCUGCAAGGUAAAUCCCUAGAACAGCAGACCAACAGCUACCUGUAAAGCAGGACAGUGAUUAAUUUGAGAGGAAAAACAACCCUUUCCUGUAAGAAAUAAUCACUUUUAAAGUAAAACGAGUGUCACAUUUUGUGAGCCGUGUAACUAUUGCACCACACCCCCUGAGAAAUAGUGUUUAUGAGUUAUGUUAGUUCUAACUAGUUUGAGCUCCUCUCCAGGGUUCAGGGAAAGUAGGAGAAGGUUCAGGCAUCUUAACUGUGGAGUUACCAGAUGUUGAAAAUCAAUUGGGCAUUUAUAGGCAAAAUCUCUGCUGUUUGGCAUGAACGGGUAAUCCAGUGACUGGGGGGGGUCUCUCUUUGUGCACACCUGAGGAUCCAGAAUGGGUUUAGUUUUGACUUUUUUUAACUUCACUCUCAUCAUAGCUUAAUUAUUUGAAUGGGUAUUCUAGUGUGUAACAUGGUUUCCAAAUUAACAGAACAGAUAUCUGUUCAUUCUUAUAUGCGAAUUCUUAAAAGCCUACCUAGUAUACCAGUUAGGCACCCAUCACAGGACAAUUAAGGCUAAAAGAGAGAGACCAGCAUUGGCCCCUGGAGCCUGCAUUUCAGAACCGACUUGUGGCAAUGUCUGGUUUUAUUUCGUUUUGUUUUCUCACUCAGCAAGUGGGAAACGAUGAGUGCAAACUCUUUCCUUUUCCUUUUUUAAGCUUCAGGAGAAAAAGAAAUGUAAUUUUAGGUAGUAAAGUCUUCCCUGACAGACAGCGGUGCCUUUACCUAGGCAAAGAGACUAGAACCAAAGGCCUGAGUCGGUCUUUGAACAUUCCUGUGACAAGUUUUUAUGUAUUUUUAAUAUAAAACCCAUUGAUGGACCUCACAUGGUGAUCGUGACCCAUCCAGUAAGUUCGCCUGCUUUUUUUUUUUUCGCAUUCAUCUUUUUAAAUAUAAGCGUCUCUUGUUUUUCCUGGAGCCAUACCAGAAACUUAAUUCCUGUGGGCUACUCCACGGCUGCCUUCUGAUGUCCUGGAAGCCUGGCACCACCAUUAGCAGUGCUCGCCUCUCAGGGAGAAGCUUGUGGAACAUGUUGAACUUUACAUCCAAGUCAACAAGUGUUUGAAAGAGUCCGGUAUGCCUCAGAUUUUGACAUUUGUUAAAGUUUUUUCUUUAUUUUUGUCUGAGUACCAACUACACAUUUGAUUCUCAGGAGGUGGGUAGGGCAGGAAUUAGAAGUCAAAUUUGAACUAAGUGAUGUGGGAGAGGCUUCCUGCCUCUGUGUGUGCCACUCUGGAAAAGGUUUUAUUCCAACGCCCUACCUACCACUCUGAGUCUCUUGAGGAGCACACUGUAAAUGUGUAUAAGAUUGAGAAGGAUUAUCUCAAAGACUUAAAUUAUUGUGUAGGUGUUUUCUUCUUUGUAAACUCAGGAAUAAACCUGGUUUGUGGAUAGCAAAUAUGGCUACUAAAGCUAUAAUUUGUAGGUAGCUAGGUUCAUCCUUUCAAACAUGCUUCAGUCUAACUCUUUUUUUAAACUGGGGAAAGAAACUCCUAGUCAUGAAAAAACAAAACCAGCAAGAGACUUCCAUAAACUCUUUCUAGAGGAAGUAGCAUCAGUCUAACAUCUGCCCCAGAGUGUUUGUUUCUUGGCUAUAGUAUUUCAGUCAUUUUUGUGGGAGGAAAAAAAAUGCACAUUUUUUAUUUCUUGGAAAAGCGAAGUAUUGAAUUAAAUUCUCAGAGGGGACAAUUUCGUUUAAAGAGAAGCAUUGGUUUUGGAGACGAGCUCAUGGCUCUCUGGUCCCUGUUCCAGCAUUGACUUUACUGUGUGACCUUGAGCAAGUGAUUAACUACUCUGUGCCUCAGUUUCUCCAUAUACAAAAUGGGGAUAAUUAUACCAACCAUUGCCUACCUCAUAGGGAUGUCAUGGGGACAAAUGAGAUGAUAUAAAUACAAAUGCUUUGAACUCUGGAAGAAAGGUGCUAUAUUAAUUGAAAUUGUGUUGUUUUUAAUGAUCCAAUUAUUAUGUUUAGGGUUUAAAUAAUAGCAGUACUGUUAGUCAUGUUAAGAAUAAGUUUCAAUUUGAUGCAUAUUUACAAUUCUCUUCUGUGGCCAGAUCUUGAUCAUCUAUCCAGUAAUGGCACCUAAGGAACUGAAAUGGAUAUUUCGUUUUCUGUGUUUCUGCCCAUAGUAUUUCUAUUCUGAAUGUUCCCGAAAGGCUGGAGUUUAACUUGUUGUACCUUAUAGUUUACAGUAAUGAACCUUACCCAAGCUGUGUAUAAAAGUAUAAUUACAUGUAAAUAGCAGGUACAUUGUAAUUAAAGGCACUUAUCAAAUUGUCUUUGU